AUGACCUUCAUAUGGACCGAAAUAUCGUUCCUGAACGCUUGGUGGGAACGUUCGCACCCGGUGAAACAAAAGGCUCUAAAGAAGCUAAUCAAGGAAGGGCGGCUCGAGAUUACCACUGGUGGCUGGGUAAUGCCUGAUGAAGCUUGCACACAUAUCUAUGCGCUUAUUGAUCAAUUUAUUGAAGGUCACAGUUGGGUGAAAAAUAAUCUUGGUAUAACGCCGAAAACGGGUUGGUCCAUCGACCCAUUUGGUCACGGUCCUACAGUACCUUACCUGCUUGACAAAAGCGGUCUAGAGGGCACUAUUAUCCAAAGGAUACACUAUGCUUGGAAACAAUGGCUAGCACAGCGACAGAUAGAGGAAUUCUUCUGGAUACCAGGCUGGUCCACUAAAAAACCAUCUCUCAUAGUUCAUAACCAACCAUUCGACAUAUAUUCUAUUAAGAGCACCUGUGGACCCCAUCCAUCAAUAUGUCUAAGCUUCGAUUUCCGAAAAAUCCCCGGAGAAUAUUCGGAGUACACAGCUAAACACGAAGAGAUUACAGAUCAAAAUCUUCAUAGUAAAUCGAAGACGCUUAUAGAGGAGUAUAAUCGCAUUGGUUCGCUAACCCCGCACAAUGUUGUCUUAGUACCACUUGGGGAUGAUUUUAGAUACGAUUAUGAUGUAGAAUUUGAUGCACAGUACAUCAACUAUAUGAAAAUGUUUAAUUAUAUCAAUAGCCAUAAAGAAUUGUUUAAUGCUGACGUGCAGUUCGGAACACCUCUAGAUUAUUUUAAUGCUAUAAAAGAGAGACACGCAAAUAUACCAACAUUAAAAGGAGAUUUCUUCGUCUACUCAGAUAUAUUCAGUGAAGGAAAGCCAGCAUACUGGUCCGGUUAUUAUACCACCAGACCUUAUCUUAAGAUUCUCGCACGACAAUUCGAACAUCAACUUAGGACUUCUGAAAUACUAUUUACACUAGUAUCAAAUUAUAUAAAACAAUCCCAUGAUCACAGACUUGUUUCAACGGAGAAAAGAUUGGAGAAAUCAUACGAGCAACUCAUUAAUGCCAGAAGGAAUUUGGGUCUCUUCCAACAUCAUGAUGCCAUAACGGGAACUUCUAAAGCUACCGUUAUGUAUGAUUACGGUACAAAAUUAUUUACCAGCAUAUAUCACUGCAUUCGUUUACAAGAAGCCGCUCUGACUGCAAUCAUGCUUCCCAACGAAAACCUACACGCUCAGAGCAUCCUUCAAAGUGAAUCUGAAUGGGAAACCUAUGGCAAACCGGUCAAAAAACUUCAUGUUUCUCACAUAGAUAAGAAAAAGGUUGUGAUAUUCAACCCACUAGCAGAAACACGGACUGAAGUUAUAAAUGUAAGAUCAAAUACUACUAAUAUAAGGGUCUUCGACAAUCGUUUAAAAGAGUAUGUUCAGUACCAAAUCACGCCUAAUAUAGACAUUAAAGAAAAUGGCAAACGUGUCAUAAGUGAUAGCAACUUUGACUUGUUGUUUGUAGCGCAAUUACCACCAUUGACUUCGGUCUCUUUCAGUCUUGAGGAAUACACCAACAAAUCCCAUCAUUGCGAAGUGUUUUGCAACAACUGCAAUGACGAUCUGAAAGCUGAUUCUGAAAAGUUAUUUAACAUCAAAAAGAUGAUGCCUGGUGAUAUUCAGUUGGAGAAUUCCAUGAUGACGUUACUAAUUAAUAGAAACACUGGAUUUAUGAGACAAAUAUACAGGAAAGAUAUAAGAAAAAGGAACGUAGUUGAAAUGCAAUUUGGUGCAUAUCAGAGCGCCCAAAGACAUUCCGGAGCUUACCUUUUCAUGCCAGAUUAUGAUUCCCCAGAAAAAAGUGUUUUACAUCCUUACUCCAAUUGGAAUAGUUUGCAAGAUGACAACAUAAUAAUAGUCUCCGGACCGAUUUCCACGGAAAUCACUACUAUGUAUUUACCGUUUUUAGUACACACAGUUAGAAUUUACAACGUGGACGACCCGUCUCUCUCUAGAGGUGUAUACAUUGAAAAUAUCGUGGACUUUGAGAAUCCACCGAAGAAUAGGGAAACGGAAUUGUUUAUGAGGAUACAAACAGACAUACAGAAUGGGGAUGUACCUGAAUAUUAUACAGAUCAGAACGGCUUCCAAUAUCAGAAGAGAGUGAAAGUAGAGAAGUUGGGUAUAGAGGCUAAUUAUUAUCCGAUUACAACUAUGGCAUGGAUGCAGGACGAGGAAACUCGUCUGACCCUAAUUACAAACCACGCGCAAGGAUCGGCUGCGUACGAGCCGGGCCGAUUAGAGGUUAUGCUCGACAGGCGUACACUAUACGAUGACUUUAGAGGCAUAGGUGAAGGUGUCGUCGAUAACAAACCUACUAUAUUCCAAAACUGGCUGCUGCUCGAAACUAUGACAGGAACUGAGAGAACAAAACGAGACACGAGUGGAAGAAGUUUUGUUCAUAUAAAUGAGAGACACUUCAGUCCGAAUCAAAAGGAUUCACGUUAUGAAUUGCCAUCGCAGACAGCAGACUACCUAAGUAGAACGCUCAAUUAUCCCGUGAACACUUACUUGAUCGACACCAGUGAAGUUGCCGAUGUAGAAGUGAAGUCGCAUCAAAGUUUCAUUCAGAACUUUCCGCCGGGUGUACACCUGGUUACUAUGCGUACUAUAACAGACGAUAUCCUGGAACAGUUCCCGAGCUCGUCGUGCUACAUGGUGCUACACAAACCAGGCUACAGCUGCUCCGUCGGAGGCAUGUCCAAGAAGUCGGGUAUUUUUACGUCCAAGACUAGAUUCAGUGGUCUGCAUAUUAAUAAUUUAACUUCGGUGAGUUUGACUGGUUUGAAAACAUUCAAGUCCCUCUCCGGACUACAUGAUAUCAAAUUGGAUCCUAUGGAAGUAAAGACAUAUAAGAUACGGUUUUGA